AUGGGCGGCGGAUACUACUACGAAACAGAGCCACGUCCGCAAUACACAAGGCCCCCUCCAAGAGCAUACUACCAGUCCACCACCCGAACAAGCAGAACCGCGCACGUCAUUGACGUUGAAGGACCAGAGCGGUCGCUGUCGCCCUCUCCGACAAGAGUGGUUGUUGUGCAGGAGAAGCGGAGGCGGAGACAGCCAGAGCCGAUUGGUUGCUGGGCGUGGUUUUGUGCUAGUUGUUGUUGCUGCUGGGUGUGCUGUGAUUGCUUGAAUGAGACUUGCUGUCCGAUUCGGGAGUAUGACUGA